AUGUCAGGCCACCCGACUAUUUCUGGCAGCUGUCUCUGCCAGCAGGUCCGGUAUGAACUCACUGGAGACCCCCAAGUGAAGCUUCUCUGUCAUUGCGAUAAUUGUCGCAAGGUGACAGGAUCGAGCUUCAUGGCGAAUUCAGUAUAUCAGGAAGACCAACUUCGCAUCAUCUCGGGAGAAGACAUUUUGAAGAUCUACAAAGAUAGCAAUAACUCCUCAGGAAAUGUUCUGUCUCGGGCAUUCUGUUCGAAUUGCAGCUCGCCAAUAUACAUCACCAGCUCGCUACACAAGGGUAUGCUGACCGUCACUUCGGGCACGAUGGAUUUAGGGCCUUCAAAGAGUGAAUGGGCACCUCAGUUCGAAGUCUUUUGCAAGUCACGGAGAGAGUGGAUUCCGCCUGUGGAGGGGACGACCACGUGCAACGAGCUAGAAUUAUCCAAAUAG